AUGGGCUUAUGGAGUAAAAAGUGGUUGGUGCUGUGGUCUCUGUGGGCGGCCCGACUUCUUCCCCAGCCGACCCUAGUGAUCCAGGUGAGCAAUGGACCAAUGAGGGGGACGAUUUCUCCUGAUGGAUCACAUGCCCAGUACUCAGGCAUACCUUAUGCUACUAUUACACAGAGAUUUCAGAGUCCCGGACCAGAACCUGUAUGGGAAUAUGUGUUUAAUGCUAUAGACGAACACGCUCGUUGUAGUCAAAGUCUACAAGACAUUUUUAUGAUGGGCACAGAACAAUGUCUCGUAUUAAAUAUUUACAACCCUCUGAAUAUCACUCCUAAUUCCAAGCUACCCGUUAUGGUUUUCAUCCAUGGUGGUGCAUACUACAAAGGUUCAGGAGCCAGUCUUUUAGCCAAGGUGAUGUCAUUUGAAUCAGAGGACCCUUACGAUUUGUACAAAUUUUUCAUGACGAAGACCGAUGAUGAAUUGAUAUUAACCAGAGUCCCAAGAAUAGCAGGGACUGUUAUUACUUCAGAAAUUCUUUAUACACCUUGUGCUGAAAAAGUUAUCGAGGGUGAAGAAGCAUUUUUAACUGAGUCUCCUUUUGAUAUUUUAACCAGAGGAGAUUACAAUAAAGUUCCAGUAAUUCUAGGUGCCAACGAUGAGGAAGGUCUUCUUCUAUUUUUUUUGGACAAGGCUGAUAUGAAAGGAAACAUAAAACUUGAGAAAUCAUUACCAAAAAAUUUGGAAUUUUCCUCUGAAAUUGACAGGUUGGAAGUUGUACAAAAGCUAUUAAGGUUGUAUAUAGAAGAAGAUAUAUCUGUAAAUACAAUUGUAAACAUAACUAGAUGGAUUGGCGAGGUGGGUUUAAUUUAUCCUAUGCUUGAAGAAACUGAAUUGCAGCUGAAGACGAAUGAAAAUCCUAUAUACAACUAUAUGUUUCAAUACUCUGGUAACAGGAAUAUACCUAAAAUGUUGAUGCCAUCAAGUUUGAGAUCUGUGAAAGGCGCUACUCAUGCCGACGAAAUAUUUUACAUAUUCUCACAAAAUAUCAUCCCGACGACGAUUUUCGAGAACAGCAUAAUCGAAAGCAUGACAACCAUGUGGACGAAUUUUGCAAAAUAUGGAGAUCCUACACCAGACUUUACCAAUCCUCCGAUUAAGUGGUAUCGUACCAACAGUACAUCACUGACGGCACUGGUGAUAGACUCCGAGUUCAGCACAGCACCUCUGUGGUACAAUGAAAGAGUCAAGUACCUCAGAGAAGUGUACUCCAAGUUCAGAAGGAAAGGAUAA